AACCCCUGCCAGCCCGGGACCCCUGUGCAACAAUUACGUGUCCAGCAAAUGGGUUUUGCCUGGUGAAGAACGGUACAGGGAGCUGCAAGUGUAGCCCUGGCUACGUCAAGAAGAACAAUCUCUGUACUGCUUUGUGCAAGCCCACCUGCCCUCGCAAUGCCGAGUGUGCAGUGGUGGCCGGCACGCCUAUGUGUCGCUGCAAGAAUGGAUACGUGAUGAGGAGCAACAGCUGCAUCGGAUUGCCCCAGAUUGGAUUGCCUCAGGAGCGCACAAUCAUUCAAACUCGCCGCAUGGGGGGCUCGUCGAUUCAGCAAGAAUG